GGUUACCAAGAAUUUCCGAUGUGACCGCUGAUCCUCUGGUUCAAAUAAAAGCCAUAUAGUUUGCCAACGUCCUACUAACAAUUUUGAUAAAGUGGAUCUGAAAUGGACGUCAAUGAUGUAGUGUUCCAGAAGCUUCACACAUAGUAUAGAACUGUGUUCUUCUCUAUCAGAGUAAUAGCUGGUGAUCAAGAGGUGAAUGAAGACACUGGAGCCAGAGCCAAGAUGGCUGCCAUGGCAAGAAACAUCUCCAAGGACUGGUCCUACCUCUAUGAGAGGCUCUUCUCCAAGCUGUCCGAUGAGGGCUUCCACGACAUGUGGAGCAUUGGUGGCUUCCUCGUCGUAUUCAUCUUCUGCACCAUCGUCAUCACCCUGACUCUAGCUGUCAUAUUCAGCUGGUGCUGUGGCUGGUGCUUCGAACAGCCGAUCCUGGGGUCCAGCAAGAUCAGCGUGCUGCUCUCGCCACCAGAACUGUCCAGACAGAAGUCUAUGCAGACACAGGCACCCAGUUUAUCGAAACAGAGCCUGUCCAGACAGAAGUCUAUGCAGACACAGACACCCAGUUUAUCGAAACAGAGCCUGUCCAGACAGAAGUCUAUGCAGAAACAGACACCCAGUUUAUCGAAACAGAGCCUGUCCAGACAGAUAUACACCUCGAGGUCUGUGAUGGAUCCAAAGCAUCCCAUAGAGUCCGUUUGGAGUCCUGAGUCUGUGCCCGAUGUGCAAAAGACUGAGAAAAGCAGCAAGAACAAGAAGUUUAAAGCUGGAUCUGUGAAAGUAAAGCGUAAAAUCCAACCUGCAUCCAGGAUUGUGAGGAACAGAGAUGUACCAGUAUAGCUUCGGGCUACCAGACCAAAUCUGCUUUUGUACCUAUGUGUCUGACGGACCUCUGUGACAGCCUCAUUAGAUGUUUCAAGUAAAGCCUUUC